AUGGGUGAGUUCAGCAGGAACAAUGAUUCCGAGGCAUUCUUGCAUGUUUGGAACCAGGUCUGUGAAGUCGUGCACUUCCCCGCCCCUUUGGACAUUGUGCCGAGUCUCAGGAUCGAUGGCAGGUUCGUGCCUCUUCGCCGGAUCGCUUGCGUCGCUUCCCCGUGUCCAAGGUGUGAGGACGCCCGGGGCGGGUUCCAGUUCCCGUGGUUGGGACCGUGGGCAGUCAGGGCGACUGUGGUGCCGGAUGGGUGGCAUCCCGACGAUGCUCGCACUAGGUUCUAUGAGUGUGAUACCAUGUUCACUGACGAGGAACUCACACUGCAUGGUUCGGCCAUCACCAUGCGUGACAUGCUCACCGCCACGAUGGCCAGGGUUCUGUACAUGGCAGAAAUUAACACGCUGCAUGAUCUGCCGGGUGCUUCCCUGGCCUCAGUUUUGGAUACAUGGAGGCAGUGGCAGCAAGGGCAGCGCAGGUGGCGUGACCCGUCACUCGGAGCCGAUGAGGUACCCACCGCAAUGGAGGCCUUCGCGGACCCCAUUGUCCGCCAUCGCCGCGCACUCAUCUUUUGGUUGUUCCAUGCAGGCAACCCGGAACACGACCCCGGCAGCCUUCGCGCUAUGUGGCGGCUCCUUCUUCUGGUUUGCUGCGGGACGCACUUUGUUGGGGCGCGCCAGGCGCUCCCUGGCGACCAUUAUAAGCAGACUGAGUUUGAGCAGCAGGCGGUCAUGGUGUGGUGUCCUCCCUCGUCGUGUUCCGGUUCCUCCUUUAGAUUUGGGCUCCAGCUUUGGGCUGUGGGGCUCGCUUUGGCAAUCAUGCCCGGGAACCUGGGCGUCUAUGCAGCCGAGUCGCUGUCUGCGGCGUCGGCGCCAGAGAGCGCAUACACAGCUAUGGGGGAGAUGUCUCGGCAGCGUGCCGGUCAGUGGCGGGAGCAGCAUGGACUCCUGAAUGACUCCGACUUUGCCUUUACGUUCCAGAGCUACGAAGAGGCUAUGGCACAAGCUGGAACCCUGGUGGCGGAAGAGUGGGCCGCGGUACGGGCCGCUUCCUCUUCGGGGCUCUACGGGGCAGUGACUUCUGCCUUGGAGUCGGCGACGCCUUCGCCUCAGCCGGCCGUGAGACGGCACUUUAUUGCCUCGGUUCAAUGCGGCCAAGCUAGAGGGGACCUUACGGCCGGGCUGGAGCGCGAGUGGCGCGCAGCCUUGCAGCGGAAGGCGGAGGCAAAAGCGAGGGAUUCGGAGGCCGCCACGGUUCGGGGAGCCCUCCUUACCUUUUCGGAGCUCCAGAUUCACAUGACUGAUCGUGGGCGCGCUUUCCCGCCGGACGGUGUCGAUCUGGAUGCUUUUCUGUAUGGUGGGACGGCGGCGCAAUCCCGAGCGCUUGCGGGACUACGCUGGCUGGUCAAGGCAGGCCAGUUGGAUCACGACUUGUCGGCCUACGACUUCCGGGGCCAGCCCAACAGGGAGCCAAAGCAAGCAGCGGUUGCUGAGCCACCCAUGUUGGAAGUGCUGGAGACCAAGAUCGAGCAGCUUUACAACAGCAACAACCCUCAGUGGCGAGCCUUACUAGGCCUCUGGGCGUGCUGUUUUGGAGUGCUUCGGCUUACGCAUGUGAACCGAUCUUCUCCGCGUCGGCUCUCGCGCUCCACCUUUCACUUCCGCUGCUCCAAAGGCAAGCAGAAAGGGCACAGACAAGGCUUCGAUUACGCGAUUUCGAGCUACUUUAUGUCGGGUUGGGAUUGGUCAACCCGCUGGCUGGAGGAUUGGCGCGCUCUUCCGGUUCUUUCCCGCGAGAAGGCGGGGAUCAACUUCAACGAGUUCGGCAAGCCUUACUCUACCCCGCAGACCGUCAAGUUGGCUCAGGACGUGUACACGCCCCUCCUUGGCGAAGGGGCUGCAGCAGUCAGCACGUACUCUUUCAGGAGAGUGGCCCCCUCUUACGCCGACACUGGCUGGCUGGAUGGGGCCAAAAUGCGCCAGGAGGGGAAUUCCAUGCCCCUUCGCUACGCCAGUACUCGAUACACGGCGUCAGUGCGACGCAAGCAUUGCCUCCUGAACUCGGUCGCAGGUUUGGUUCGCUUUCAGUCAUGGGACCAGGUGAUGGCAGAGGCCCUGGCUGCAGUGGAACGGGAUGGUGCCCUUGGCAUGGACAAGGCGGUGCAGAAGGAUCACCAUACGGUGUGGCAGGGCCAGCUCUCUCAGAAAGAGGUCCAGUCAAGGUUCCAGUUGCCAGCAGUGGUGCCGGUCCCGGCCGCAGCGAGAGCCAUGAUGCCGCGGCAGAUUGGUGGCAAGCGUUUAUCGGCGACCUUGCGUGAUGGUGUGCAGCUCUGUGCGGCCUUCCAGUCAGGCCAGUGCCAGCACGGAGGAGAUGAGUGCGCAUCCGGCCGGCAUCGAUGCGCCAUUCUGCAAUCGGGGCGCGUGUGUGGUGGCACCCAGAGAUCCGUGGCGGCGCCCGAGUCACCACCGAGGACGGGGACACGUGCCAAGGCGGCGGCUGUGGUCUUGAAGCCCAAGGCAAAGGCAGUGCAGGCGAUCCACGUCGAGCCCAACAAGGACUUCAGGUGUGACCUCCAGCUGUGUUGGCUUACCGAGUCCCUUACUUCCCGUGGUGGUGCAAUUAUUCCUGGGGCUCUGCAGAUGCAAGUGGCUAUCACGGAUUCGCAGUCCAGGGCCUUGGUCCUCGCCUUGCUGACCGAUGUUCCAUUUGAGCGGGCCCAGGCGACGGUGGGCGUACAGCUGUGGUGGGUAUCCGCUGGCCCACUCCGACGGAAUAUCUUCACUGACCGCUCCCAGGUUCACCUCGACUUGGGCCAUGGGGAUCUCCAGGAGGCCCAAGGCUACCAGAGAGCCUUCUGCCGCGACUGCUUGCAGCGUGCGUCGGCAGUGUUCCACCCGAAGUGA